AUGAUGAUUGUUAAUAUUAAUAAAAAAUCUCAAUCAUCAUAUGUACAUUUACCUGAUAUUGUUAAUGAUUGUGAACGACAAGUUGUUAAUUUUACAAAUGAUAAUACUAUAACAAUAACUUGUAAACAAAUUGCACAUUCACUUCGAUUUGUUGCCGAUCAAGUUGAUAAAAAAUAUUGUCAAGAUACUGAUUUCAAUCGAAAUAUUCAUUAUUUAUCAAUACGUCUUAUGUUUCAUUCAAUAUUUUCUACAUUAUGGACACGAUCAUUAUUAUCAUAUAUUCUUCUUUUUUGCAAAACAAAAAUAUUCUUAUAUUAA